AUGUCAUCACUUGCUGUUUCAGGAAUUGCUCCACUUCAGGAUUUAACCGGUCUAUUGUACUUACUCGUCGGUGCCACGUUGUAUUUUUCACGUUCCACUAAGCAAGACAUCAUGUUGAAUGAAAAUCUUGUCACCGAGCUUGAUAAUCGUGACGCCAGAAUCGUAACCGAGAUCCAAAGAAUCUUGACAAUGCUUAAUACUUCUACUGCGAGACUUGAUGAGAUCGAACGAGCCCUUCAAUCCCGCCAGAACAAUUCUGACGAAUACGAUCAACAGAGCGUGCAUUCCGCAGGUCAAGCCUCAAAUCAUUCCUCUGCAAGCUCGGGUCAAUUAACGUUCACGGGUAUCAGCUUAGGUCCUUGCGUUAGACGACUUCAUGAAUUUAACGACGAACAUUGCCAUGAGGAAAAUUCAGAUGCAUUGAAUAAUACAGCCCGCUUAUACGAAGAUGCAUGUAAUGCAGAAGAUAAAACGAUAAAAGCCAAUCAGGCAGAAAUUUUAUGCUGGUGUAAUUUUAUUAUAGGACUGGAUAAAAGUGUGGAUGAAAGUAUGAAAAAGGCCAAAGGACAGAUUUACAAUUUUAUUCUUGCACACAAUCCUGGUACCAAACGAAAUACUUUAUAUCAACGCAUCAGUAGAGCCAGGAAGAUUUAUGAGUUUAUCGAAAAAAUAGGAAUUGAUAAUUCAAAAUUAUCCGAUAGUAAAAUUCAAACUAUUAUUGAUUACUUCUCCAAGAAUCUCAACACUGAAUUACCGGAUGAACAGGAUGACUCUGUCAUAGAUUCCGAAGAGGAGGUUUCGGAUGAUCAGACUAAUGCAUCGGAAGCAGUUUCAGCUGAAAUGAUUCCUCAGAAUUCGGUCCAGUCAAUUCCCAAAGCUGAGGACGAUUUUGAUAAAAUGGUCAUGGAAGCUUUCGAGGAGAAAGAGGCUAGUCAUUCUGUGUCUGCCUCCUGCAAUUCGAAAUAUGAGGUGAGUGAGAAAAAGGAAUCUUUACCCAAGGAAGAGGUAAGUGUACCCGAUAAUUCCUUAGAUUUUAAUUUGGAUUCCUCUGAUGUUGAUAAUGUCGAUAAUGAAAAUGAUGACGAAUUCUCCGAUAACGACGAAGAGGAAGAUGAUGAUGGGUUCUGCGGUUUCUCUGAUGAUGAUGAAGGUUAUUAUUACGAUUUAAACACCGAUGUCUCUAAACAAUAUUCAGAAAUUGUCCCAUUUUUGGUCUUUGUGUGGCUAAUGAUGUUUGCUGAGAAAAUUCCUGUCCAUCUGAUUUUCGUUGCCAAAGGUUUCACCAUGUAUAUCAUUAGACAGCAACUCAAUACACGUGUGGAAAGACUAACCACAGAUUUUACAUCACGAGAUGCCACAUUUGCCAAUUAUGAAUCUCUUCGUGAUCAGUUGGAUCAAAUAACUGAGACGGGUUCCAUGGCCUCAUUAAGCUUCGAACAACUUGCUGAACAAACCGUACCUACAUCCGACUCUUCUGAUUCUUCCAGUUGUUCGAGCCAACUAUCAUUUUCCGGUAUCACCUCAACAAUCCGAAAUCAAUUCAAAAUUAUUUCGUUUGAUGAUAUGUGUAAUAUAGUAUCUGUUGAGAUUCUUGGUCUUAGGAUGGAAAAAAUUAAGGAAACCGUAAAAAGUUUUUAUCAUAAUAAUGGGCCGGUCUCCUACAUUUACUUAAAAAAUAGCUUAGUAAUAAAGCUUGCUUCUCGAAAAAAAAAAAAUAAUAAAGAUAUCAAUAUCGACCAUACUACUAUGUCUCUUGAAUCGCAACAACAAGUGUUAGAAAACUUUUUCAAGAAUAAUACAGACUGGUCAUUAAUCAAGUUCCUUAAAUACAGAGCGGAAGGCGAUGAUUUUACUUACGAUAGAAGAAAAGAGCAUAUGUUGUAUAAGGCUGUUCUGACUCUAUUAACCAAGGAACAUGCUCAAGCUAUAAAAUAUCUCUCUAAUUUUGAAGUUAAGUUAUUUAUUGACUUUAAGAUGAGUGGGUUCAAGGACUAG